UGGCAAUCUGGGCAUUCCGCCCUCCCUUGCCUCUCUCAGGAUGAACCAGAAGUUGGAGAAGUUGGACUUGGAGACGGACCAGCGCUGCCAGCCUCUGGUCUACACCGUGGAGGAGCUGGAGUGCAAGAUUUGCUAUAACCGCUACGACAUGCGCUCCCGCAAGCCCAAGGUGCUGGGCUGCCUCCACCGCGUCUGCACCAAAUGCCUGAAGAAGAUUGUGGAGAACUCGUCCCCCAGCAUCGUCAGCUGCCCCUUCUGUCGGCACGAGACGCAAGUGCCCUACGAGGAGAUCUGGCUGCUGCAGGACGACAGCAACAUCCUGGCCAUCCUCACCUAUCAGGACCGGGCCAGGAAGAGUGGCGGUUCCAUCACCCCUGGCGGGGAGGUACUGCUGACCCCAAGCAGCCUGAGCGGAGGUGGAGGGGACGGCUGUGGUGGUGAUUCUGGGGGUGACUGCGUCACAACCGGCGAACAGUCGCAUAGCUCCUCCGACUGCCUGGUCAUCACCAUCAUGGAGGUGCCGGGCGAAUCGCAGUCAUCGGACUCCAUGAGCAUGCUCAAUAUGGUGCGCCUGUACCGGCCCGCAAGCCUGGCCUCGCUGCCCUGCAACAUGCCCUUGCAGAAGUGCGGCGCUUGGACCUCGCGCAACUUUCCCAGCUUCCUAAUCGGUGUCCUGUGUCUGGUCUUCUUCUCGUCACUGCCGCUGGGCAUCUACCUGCUGAUGAUCCAACAGCUCACCCUGGGCGUCAUCCUGGUUAGCCUGGUGCCCUCCACCCUAGUUCUGUGUGUGUUCUACGGCUUCUGUCAAUGCCUUUGCCAUGAGAUCAUGCAGUCCAUAGCUACAUAGUCACGUCCCCACUUUACUCCCCUCCCCUACUCAACCCCCUAAUACCAAUAUAUGUCUACCUGUGGACAUGACAUAGCGAGACCUGUAAUAGACCAAACCAAAUCACCGAUGCAUAUCUACAGUGCCGUGAAAAAGUAUUUUCACCCUUUCUGAUUUAACCCUACUUUUGCAUAUUUUUGAUACUGAAUGUUAUCAGAUCUACAACCAAAACCUAACAUUACAUAAAGGGAACCUGAGUGAACAAAUAACACAACAAUUAGAUAUUUAUUUCAUAAACAAAGUAAUUGCCCCUUUACACUCAAUAACUGGUCGUGCUACCUUUAGCAGCAAUGACUCCAACCAAACGCUUCCUGUAGUUGUUGAUCAGUUACUCACAUCGCUGUGGAGGAAUUUUGGCCCACUCUUCCAUGCAGAACUGCUGUAACUCCGUGACAUAUGUGGGUUUUCUAGCAUGAACUGCUCUUUCCAAGUCCUGCCACAUCUCAAUUGGGAUUAGGUCUGGGCUUUGACUAGGUCAUUCCAAAACUUCAAAUGUAUUGCUUUUAGUAAUUUUCAUGUAGAUUUGAUUGUGUGUUUUGGAUCAUUGUCUUGCCCCAUGGCCCAGAUGUUCUUCAGCUUCAGCUCACAGACAGAUGGCCUGACAUUAUCCUGUAGAAUGAUCUGAUACAGAACAGAAUUCAUGGUUCCUUCUUUUAAGGCCAGGUCCUGACGCAGCAAAGCAUCCCCAAACCAUCACACUAACACUAGCAUGCUUGGCCAUUGGUAUGAGGUUCUUACGGUGGAAUGCAGUGUUUGGUUUUUGCCAGGCAUAAUUGGACCCAUGUCAUCCAAAUAGUUGACUCAAGUUUGCCAAAAAGCACCUGGAAGCAUUUGGAUGAUCAAGACUCUUGGAAUAAUGUUCUAUGGACAGAUGAUUCAAAAGUGUAAGGGGGCAAAUACUUUUUCACUGCACUGUAUAUCCCCUCUCCUUUGUAAAAUACACCCCUACCCACCACUUUCUUUCUUAUUUCCCACUUCAGAUAAUACCAGCACUAAAACAAACAUUUCCGAGUGACCACUUGGAUUUGGAUGUAGGGCUUUCCACUGGAACAUUCGAGACAAGCCAACCUGUGCAACGCCCACGGCCUGAUGAAUGGUUUUCUAAUUACACAGCUCAACCUGCAUCAGAUUGCUGUUGUUUGUGUGCAUACGGCUCACCAGAAUGGGCUUUAGUUAUUGUGACGAUCACUAAACUGUAUUGUUAAAAAAGAAUACGACCCUCUCAUGUUCUACUAUGGCAAUGACUGCACAGACACUGUUAACCUUAUCGUGGUAGAAUACCUAUCUGCUCGACCUAUGGGCAACGGACUAUGAAAACCCAUAGUUUUAAGGAUGUAUUCAGACAUACAGCACAGUCUCCAUGUAUACUGUUGAAGUUCCUAGUUGCCUUUGUAAGGCAUGUCUGUCUGUGACCCUGCAGUAACUUAUCGUUGUAAUUUGAACUUGUCUGUGUUAUUGCAAUUGGAAUGGGCAAACCGCCUAACGCCUAAACUGUUACUAGAUAUUUCAAUAAAGACUCAAGAGAC